CCAAGUCUGUAGUAGAUUAUGCUAAAGGCUUACCCUUAGCUCUUAUGGUCUUGGGUUCUUUUCUCUACAAACGAGGCAUAACUGACUGGAGAAGUGCAUUGGAUAGACUCAAAGAUACGAAGAAAUUGUUAAGUAGCUCAGCUUAAGUCUAGAUGGAUUGGCUUAUGAAGAUAAGAAUAUAUUUCUUGAUAUUGCAUGCUUCUUCAGGGGAAAACGGAGAGAUGACGUGAUAACAAUUCUAAAUAGUUUUGGCUUUAAAUCAGAGAUUGGAAGGGAUAUCCUUUCUAAAAAGUCACUUAUUUAUAUUUCAAAGGGAAUGGUUGAGAUGCAUGAUUUGAUAGAACAAAUGGGUCAGCAAGUGGCACGUGAUGUUGAUCAGGACAAACCAUGGAAUCAUAGUCGAAUAUGACAUGAAAAAGAUAUAGAAACUGUUUUUUCCACAAAUCAGUGGACAGAGUCAGUUAAAGGCAUAAUGGUUCCAAUUGGCUCAGACCAACAUAUAUGCAAGUGGAGCAAAGCUUUCAGAAAUAUGCCUUGUCUUAUGUUACUCAUUGUCAAAGAGGAGGAGGUCCGACAUUAUGAACCAGUUUCUGACAUUAUUGAAUUUCUCCCCAGUAGCUUGAAAUGGCUUGAUUGGUCUUAUUACAGUUUUGAAUCUUUACCAGCAAAUUUUCAACCAAGAAACCUUGUUGGGCUCAACAUGACUUUUAGUUCUCUUGUUGAAAUUUGCAAGGAACCAAAGCAGGCAUUUGACAAGUUGACAAUUCUCAAUUUAAGCUUUUCACAAAAUUUACUCAGAACACCCAACUUUUCUGAGAUGCCAAAUUUGCAGAGAAUUGUGCUGAAAAGUUGUGUAAGCUUGGUUGAGGUUCAUCCAUCCAUUGACAAUCUCAAAAAGCUUAUUUCUCUGAACAUGAAGAACUGUAGAAAUCUCAAGUUCUUCUUGAGCAGUAUUCAAAUGGAAUCUCUGGAGAGCCUCAACCUCUCUGGUUGUGAGAAAUUAGAAGCUCUUCCAGAAAUUCAGGGGAAUAUGGAGUUACCAUCAGAGCUUCUUUUGGGAUGUACUGCAAUUCGGGAACUGCCAUCAUCAAUAGGACGGCUAUUUGGCAUCAGCUUACUUGAUUUGUGUUCAUGUAAAUAUCUUGUAAGACUUCCAGACAGUGUUAGCAAGAUGAGAAAACUGAAAGUUUUGAUUCUUAAAGGCUGCCUAAAUCUGGUGACUUUUCCAGAAAGCCUGGGUGAUCUAGAAGAGUUGGAGGAGCUUUAUGCUGGAAACACUGCCAUUCAGCGACUACCAGAUUCUAUGAUAAAGCUAAACAGACUUAAAAUCCUAUCACUAAAAAGGAGACGGAAGAUAAAGUCUGAAUUUGCUACAGAUAUGAUAUUCCCUUGUGCAUAUUAUGGUUUGAAGGAAUUGAAAAGUUUGGAUCUCAGUGGAUGCAUUUUAUCUGGUGACAAGAUUUUUGCGCUUACAUGCUUGACUACUUUAGUGGAACUAAACCUGAGCAGAAACAAGUUUGUUUCUCUACCUGAUAGCAUCAGUCAACUUAGUCGACUUCGAUAUCUCAACAUAACACACUGUCAUGAACUUAAGAAACUUCCCAAACUUCCUCAAAGUAUAGAGGAACUGUAUGCAGAAGAUUUUCUGGCCAUACAAAGUAUUCUAGCUCUGCGGAUAUACCCAAGAUUGUAUUUGGUCUCAUUCACCAACUAUAGUUUUAAUCAACAAUCAUAUACAGAAAAGAGCAAUGACAACUCGGUUUUGGACCAGAUUCUCAACUUGUUUCUUUCAGAGAGUAUAGGUGAUUGGAUGAAUUAUGCUAUCAUCUUUCCUGAGCGUGCAAUUCCUACAUGGUUUAAACAUCAGAGUGUUGAGGAAAAAAUCUUGCUUAAACUGCCUCAGGAUUGGUAUGAUAAUAGGUUCAAGGGCUUUGCUAUAUGCUGUGUCACUUGCAUGGGGGCAGGUUUCCACGAUCCUAAUUCAGGGCUAUCAGGGAAGUAUGACAAUACCUUCAUCAAAGCCAAAUUAAUAUGUAAAAAUCAUCCAGAAGAGCUUAAAGUGCUGGAGAAAGAAUGUAAAGUUAGUACCAUGUCUAGAAGUUAUGGCUGGUGUGUUUGCUUUGCCUACAUACCGUUUCAUUCUUUACUGCGGUUGUCUGACACGGAAGUUAGAGACUUUAACCAAUAUGGCCUAUUCGAGGCAUCUAUUCAAAGGAAAAUGACAAGACAAUGGGGAGUUCAUUUGAUUUACAAGUCUGAAAGACAAUUUUUCCAGAGCAGAACUGAGAAAGAGUUGCCUGCCGAGAGGUUGAGUCAAGUCAAUCUAAUUCGGAGAAUCGCUCAACCAAAAUCAUUCAUAAAAAAAGCUGGAGCAGACGCAUUUAGAAAACUAGUUCAAGCGUGUGCAGACGCAUAUGGCACCUGAACUUGAGGCCAGACCGAAGUAGCUCCACAAGCGGGUGCCUUCGAGGGAUUACCAAGAGUUCAAAUUUAAGGUAACUCGACAAAUGCUUAUUAUUUCUUAUGUAAAAUUAGUUUUUCGAGUACUUUAGAUUUUGAAUGGAUGAAGAAUGAGGUUAGAUAAAUAUUAAAAGAAUUAGGCAAAACAAUAAUAACAAUUAGUUUUAAAGUUAUUCAAGUAAAUAAGUCAACUGUAGGCUUAAUUUUUUUAAGAAGACAUUAUUACCUGAAAAUUAAAAGUUUAAUAGAAAUAUUAGUCGCAUAAACUAAAAACUGAAUUUGAAUAAUGAGUGUCCAUGGAAAAUGUUGUGGAAACUAAGGUGCUCAUAGGGAAAGCUUUGAAUAAAAUCUGCCUUGCACAUGACAUCUUAGUGAGAAAAGGAUGUUCAAUGUUCAAUAGUUGCUAUCUGUGCAAAGGGAAACUCAAAAGUAUCUGUUGAAUGCUAAGAGAAUGUAUCUAGAUUGUUACAGAAUAUUGUAGGAUAUUGUAAAGAUAUUCUCUUACCUUAUAUAGCUAGCUAAAUCAUAGAAAGAUGUGUAGGAUAUUCACUAAUCUUUGAUAGAACUUCUAGUGAUUGUAUAC